CUUUCUGCUUCCGGUCUCUAGCUGUUACUGUUUGUUGUCACUGGCAGUGCUUGAAAACUGCGUUUUGUCAUCAAGACACACUAUUUCACCGAAGCUUUUUGCUGUUCCAACCAACAACCCGACUAGAGCUGCAUUCAGCUGCUCCUCCGUUAGUUUUGCGUCCACGGUAACUGGGUUUUAUCAUUAAAUACGGUGUGGUGUUAACCAAAAAUGCUAAAGCUAAGCUAGCACAGCUGCAGAUCUACUUUAAUUUACUAACGGAAUUACUUUUAAUGUUGUUUUGUGGCCGGAAUGAAGGAAUCAAAUCUAUAAUUGACUGGAAGGAGGAGUCCAGACGGGGUUUGGAAUCCCAGCAGUGCCAAACAUUUGGAAAUUCAUCAUGGAGGAGAAGUUAAUAAUUGCCGUUUGUGCCCGGCCGGAACUCUAUGACACCAAGUUAGUCAUGUACCGGGAUAGAGCGGUGAGGAAAAAAACCUGGUGCAGUGUGUCGGAGGAGGUUGGAUUACCACCGGAUCAGUGCAGGAAAAGGUGGAAGAGUCUCCGGGACCUCUAUAUGAGGGAAAAGAGGAAGGAAAUGCAAAGAAGGAACAGGCCAGAAGGGGGUCCAUGCAAAAGAUGGAAAUACUCUGCUGUCCCAUCCUUCCUGGACCCGUUCUUCUCCCCACGAGAGAUGAACGGAAACAUGGACGCAAGUUCAGAGGACAAUAUGGUGGAAUACGAUCCUCAGGCAGAAGCAGCAACAGCGUCAUCAGCAAUGAAUGACUUCAGUGAGCCCGCCUCCCCUUUCUCAGACCAGGAUUCUCUGCUGGGACCAGCUACUGCUUCUUCCAGCCCAUCAUCAGCUCGUGCCCGCUCCUCUUCUCCAGGCCCAUCCACCUUUACCGGACACUUCUCUUCUCCAGGUCCAUCUGCUGCUGCAGGACAACCCGUUUCUCCAGGGCCAUCCACUGCUGCAGAACCCACACGAUCAAGAAAGAAGAGGAAAAGGUCCUGGGACGAGCAUGUGGACUUUGAAAGGGAGAUCCUUCGAGCUCUGCAGGCUGAGCCACAGCCUCUCCCCCCUCCACCUCCUCUGUCAGAAACUGAGCUUUUUCUGAAAAGUUUAAUUCCAAUGAUUGACAGGCUCCCUCCUAUGAGGAAGGGCGCUUUAAAGUUAAAAAUACACAGCCUUGUUUUCGAGGCAGUAUCUGAGUUCAUGUAAAAAUAAUCGUCUUCAUGUAUAUUGUGGGUUUACUUUGUACAAAAUUAUAUUGUUGUGGUUUCUUACACGACUGACUUAAUUUUACCUUCAAUCAGGCCAAUAAAAAGCCACCUUUUUUUAUUUAGAUAGGCUUUAAUUACAGUGUCAGUAAAAGUAGAAAAGAACUAAAUUUUCAUCUAUUGUGGUCUUUAAUUUAUGAUUAUGCCGUUUUUGGCUAAAACCAAAAAGCCUGUGUUGUUUUUCAAGACUUUUUCUGCAAGAGUUCAGGAGACUGUCGGCGCAGAAGUAAUUCUAAUAUCCCAUCAUCCCUUUGUUUGGACUCUCUCCGGAUGGUGUGCAUCCCCUCACAACACCAAGCUAACAUUAGCGGUGCAACAAAAAUGACAAGCAAUAUCAGAACUACCUAGCCAUAAAGUUUUUCAGUUUUGUGGCUGAGAUGAGAAAAUUGAAGAUAUUAAUGUAUUUGUUUGUCUGCAAGUGAAUGUGUCAGAAUGGAGCGGAGCAGGGAGACUUUGGCCCUGUCAUUUCAGUCUCUGCAUCGUGGCUGAGAGUUUUUCAAAAAGCGGGGUUUCAUCUGCUCCUGAUCCAUCAUGAUUACACAGUAUGUCAAAAACGUGCUUGUAAAUUGAUUAUCUAAAAUGAAAUAAUUGAAAUUCUAAAAAUGUGAUAUGCAUUCUACAGUGACAAGAUUUACAUUUGCAGAUUCAUGCAGUUUAGAAAGCAGGACAUAGUCUCAUCAAGAGUGUGUAUUGUUGUUGUUUUUUUGUAUGUACACUGGGGGUGUACACUGUUCCAGAUGGUAAAUCCCUUAACAGAGAGAACAGAUUGUCCAGAAUUGGUCCGUCUGUAGGGAACCAUGCAGUCACCCCUGACUACAGACCAUGUGGAUGCACCAGCUCUAGACUUAAACUUAAUAUAUUCCCUUGAUGGAGCAGCUGGAAGUCAGAGAAGGGUUUUGUACAUUGUACAUGCAAAUUUAAAGUAUUUGUAAUUUUCAAAAUUCAAGUUUCAAUUCAAUUAAAGUUUCUAUGGUAAAUAUUUGGUGAUGUGAAA